CAGAUCUCACAUCAGAAUGGUCAAAUCAUUUGCUGGGUACUUCUCGACGAUUGACUGCAGAAUAUUGUAGAAUUGAUCUUUAAGAUCUUCAUUGCAGUCAGUGGCAGGCCCUAAGUAUUUGAUGACAUUCAUUGUCAUGCUCAGUUUCUUAGUUUUGAAGGAGGCUUUAAUGAUCCUGGAUUCAUGAGAUUCCCAUCCUAUAAGUGCAUUUCGUGCCGAAGUAUAACAGAGGCUCCCCUGAAGCUAGUCGUUGUUGUUCAACCUGUGUGCAAUGUAUUUCACUGAUUCCAAACACUUCCAGCUUGUAUCUUUUAAUUUCUGCAUCACUUUGGAAGACUCUCCCGGUCUUCCAUAUUGUACGAGCAUUCCAUGUACUUCAAUUAAUGGUUGCUCUGGUUGUCAAAAGGGGUAUAAUCCUCGUUAUUUUAAGAAGGAACUCGUCUUUCACCAUAAGACGUCAUAACUCUUAUAAAUGAAGAUACCAGUGUUUACUAACAGCUGUCUGUGCAAAAUACCUCUCAUCAUUUGGCCAGACACUAUCAGUAACAACCUACUGUGGCAGAGAACAAACCAGAUUCAAGAAAAAGAAUAAAUCGGGAAGAAGUGCUGGAAGUGGAUAGGACGCACAUUGAAGAAAUUAGCCAACUGUGUCACAAGGCAAACUAUCACAUGGAAUCCUCAAGUUCAAAUGAAAAGAGGAAGACCAUGGAACACAUUACUCCGAGAAAUGGAGACAGAUAUGAGAAAAAUGAACAACAAUUGGAUAGAAGUAGAAAGGAAGGCCCAGUACAGAUUGAAUUGCAGAAUGCUAGUCGGCGGGGUGUAACAGGCGUAAGUGAGUAAACAAAUAAGUAAGUAACGACAGUCAGAAAGUGUUUUGAUCAUUUCUAAUGCUGCUUUUUCCUUACGUCUUAUUGCAAAGCAAUUUUUAGAUUCCAUUAUACCACAAAACAAAUUAGAGUGUCAUUUGUUUCGUGAUGUUUUCAGUUUAACAAAUACUGUGAAAUGAAAAGAUAAUAUUUUUGUACUGCAUAUUCAUCGAAAUAACACAGUUAUCGUUGAUUUUAGAUUUUUGGCAAAGUCCAUUUGAGCCUCAUUACACUAGAAAGGAGGAUUUUUAUAUUUCACCAGAUCGUCAAAUAACAGUUGAUAUGAUGACUCAAGAAGGAGUAAUGAAGUAUGGAAAAUUCGAAGAUGAAGGAUUUGAGAUCGUCAGUAAACCAUUAAAUAACACACGUUUCACAUUUGUUAUCGUGUUACCUCUUGAAAAGUGGUCGUUAAAUGGUGCCACAGAACUUUUGAAUGGCAAUAAAGUUUUAAGUGAAUACGUAAAGAAUUUGAAAGAAACUACAGUGUCAUUACGAUUACCGAAAUUCACAUUGAAAAAUACACUUGACCUUGUGCCAACAUUAAAGUCUAUCGGUGUUGUCGAUUUGUUUGAUCCAGUAAAAUCUGAUCUGUCAGGUAAGAAUAUCUAAGUUGGUAAAUUCACAUAAAAUGUUAUACAUUGUUCUUUUUAUCAAUUCUGAUUAUUCUAUUGUGAAUUCGAAUGGAUAUUAGCACCUCAGAUUACUAGUAUGUUUUCUAUGCCCAGAUAUUUUAUGUGGAUUUAUUCAAACGUUCGAAGUCAAUGAGUAGUGGAGUUUCUUCAAGAUGACUGCUAUGCUUCGUGUAUCACCUGCCAUUAUAACCGUCAUUAGAUAACUCGAAGAGAUGCAUAAAUUUCAAAAGGAAAUACGACGCGGUUACUACAGUCUAUGGAAGUAAAGUACAAAUGUCAAGCACUCGGAGCGAAUAAGAAAGAGAAUUUAAACGCCAAUCAAUGAAUGGGUUUCAGAAACACAUUUUAUGGGAAAACGAAUAAAUCGUGGAACAAUUUAAGUAUCACACCUAAUCACAAUCUAUAUGUGAAUGAAUUUAUUCAAACAAAUGUAUUAAAAUUAAAUGAAAGUGGAAUUGAAGCAACCACUGUAACCUCACCUAUAUUUGUGCCUAUUUCAGCCAUUAUACCAGAAGUAGACUUUCAUGUAACUCAUCCAUUUAUAUGCUUUAUAUAUGAUCAACAAUUAACAAUGCCGAUAAUGGCAGCUAAAGUAAUGAAUCCAAUUUUACAAUCGUAGUGAGCCAAUCAUCAUUCUCAUUCAUAUAUAUUUGAUAAUUAAUUGAUUUCCACAUAAAUCGUUUGUUUUAAUACAGUGAAUUAUAUUACGAACAUUCGUUUUGUUCACUUUUCAGUGAUUAACAAAUAAAGAUCAUCCAUUUUUCUAA